AUGGCUUCUCAAUCCACAAGGCCCGCUGAAGGUGGGUCUUCAGUGCCCCAGCGAGCUCGGCGAAUACCGGACGGAGAAUGGGAGAUCUGGAGAGAGAAGCUGGUGAAUCUCUUCCUGGAAGAUGAUGUACCGCGCAAAGAGAUUGUUGCUAUCAUGGCGGAGAAGCACCAUUUCAUUAUCACGGAAGUACAGCUCAAGAACCGUUUCAAGAAAUGGGAUGUCAAGAAGUAUAUCCCAGACGAUGAUUUGAGGGUCAUGCUGUCCUUGAAAAGAAAGCGACAAAGUCUUGGCAAAGAUGCUCGUUUCCAGUACAAAGGUCAUGAUGUUGAGCAAGAACGAAUGGAGCGUGCUUGGAAGAGACAAAGAGGGCCAUUGCAAUCGCCAGACUUUGUUCCAUCAUACAUCAAAAUGUACACCUCGCGGCAGCACAGCCCUCAAGAUGCUCUAAGUGGCGCUUCGUUGAAUUCUACUGAUCGUCAAUCCAUUGCGCCGCAAAUUUUCGAUAUGCCGCUCCUCGAGCAGUACCAGACCAGAGGAAGCCCAAAUGUUGCUUUCCACAACCCAUUCGAGUUUGACUUCGACUUCAACUUCGAUAUUCCACCGGUAAUGCAAGAGUCUGAUGACCAUAGUUUAGCAUAUGCUGGUCAAUCUUCGGGUGACUUGGUUAUGGCAGAAGCUCCUAUUGCAGCACCUCUACAAAUAGAAGGGGCGGACUUCGGGGGAGACGUGAUUCCAAGUACUGAAAUGCAGGGUGAACACAGCGGUAUCAGUAGAGUACUUCAGGAUGACGAUUCCCGCAAGCACCUCCCUACUACCCAGCUUUCCAGAGCGAGUAGUUCACAGGUAUCCUGCAUCGACUGGCGCAGAUAUCUUAACUUUUCCCCAAGCAUGAAUUCGUCAUCUGGAUCGCCCGCUAUGGCUUUUCAGUCACCUCGCUACCCAUCAAGACCCUUGAGUACUAUCCAUGUUCGUACUCGGUCUUCGCCCGGAGCGUUUCUCCAUGACAAAACAGUUGGAGCUUCCCCUGAACGGCAAGGGUCCCAAUCAAAGACUUCAGAACAAUUCAAUGGACGACUUACUUUCCUGGCCUCCGAUCAUACGGAUCCUGAGAGUGUUAUGCUCCCAUUGCAAUUGCUAAGGUCAAAUUUUAUCGAGUCCGUAGGGCUCGUUCCGAGCGACGCGAGCAUCCGGAGAAAUCGGGCAGUCAGGGUUCCACACUCGAUCAUCUUUGCUCCACGUUACAGAGUACCUGGCUAUCGCUGGAGAUAG